AUGACAAACACAUUUGAAAUAGUAUUUGCUGUGCCUAUGGAAUGUGACUCUUGUGUCGACUCAAUUGCUAGUGUAUUAAAAGGCUUGGAUGGAGUUGAAAAAUUCAACAUCAAUUUGAAAGAUAACCUUGUCAGUACUGAGGGAUCAUUGCCACCGAGUGAGAUAUCAAAAGCCAUCCAAAGCACCGGUAAAGAUGCUAUAAUCAGAGGUACUGGAAAACCGGAUUCCGCUGCUGUCUGUAUAUUAGAGUCUUUUGAUCCCAAUGACAUUCAACACCCCGUGAAAGGAUUAGCAAGACUUGUCGAGGUCUCCCCAAACGAUUUAUUUGUUGAUUUAACUGUCAAUGGAUUACCUAAAGGUGUCUACUACCCUUCUAUUCGAGUAUCAGGGAACUUGUCACAGGGUGCUUUAUCUACAGGUCCAAGCUUUUAUGAAUUGAAUCCAAUUGAAGUGAAAACACCAGUGAAUGCAGAAACCACCAUUAGUUCAAGAGGUGCAAAAUUAGAGGAAGAUUCAACUUUAUAUGCUGGCCAAGCUUUUCUUCAUGCUAAACUUAAUAUUAAUCAGUUGAUUGGUAGAAGUAUCAUAUUGUCGAAAAUCAAAGACCAAGUGGCACCAGAUUCUUUGUGUGGAGUUAUUGCCAGAUCAGCUGGAGUUUGGGAAAACGAUAAACAAGUAUGCAGCUGUAGUGGCAAGACAGUAUGGCAGGAAAGAAUCGACGCCAGAGUUAAAGGGGUACAUGUAUAA